AUGUCUGCAGGUGCCCUCUUCCGAUUGGGCCCUUUAUCCCCUGAAGCUGAUGCAGCCAAGUGGCAGCACCUGGUCACAGAGGGCAGCACUCAUAUGGACAUGUUUGAACACAUCAGCCUCAUGACCCUGGACAGUCUGCAGAAAUGCGUCUUCAGUUUCGGCAGCAAUUGCCAGGAGAAGCCCAGUGAAUAUAUUGCUGUCAUCUUGGAGCUCAGUGCCCUAGUGGCAAAGCGGCACCAGCGGAUCUUCCUGCACAUAGACCUCCUGUACUACCUUACCCCCGAUGGGCGGUGCUUCCGCAGGGCCUGCCGCCUGGUUCACGGCUUCACAGAUGCUCUUAUCCGGGAGUGACGGCAUACCCUCCCCAGUCACAUUGAUGACUUCCUCAAGGCCAAGGCUAAGGCCAAGACCUUGGACUUCAUUGAUGUGCUCCUGCUGACCAAGGAUGAAGAUGGGAAGGGAUUGUCAGACGAAGCUAUCCGAGCUGAAGCUGACACCUUCAUGUUUGAGGGCCAUGACACCACAGCCAGUGGCCUCUCCUGGAUCCUGUACAACCUUGUAAAGCACCAAGAAUACCAGGAACGCUGCCAGCAGGAGGUGGGAGAGCUCCUCAGGAACCGUGAGCCUAAGGAGAUUGAAUGGUGA